CUAGAUGAAAUAUAUGAACUUUAGGCUCACAAUAACAUUUACCAAAAAAAAACUGGUUUGAAUUUGGUAUAUCCAAAGGUUCCCAAAACUCCUCCAAAAUUUCCAAUAUAAAUAAUGACAUUCUCCCACCAUAGUGGAUUGAAUAGUUAAAAUAAGAGUAAAAAAAAGGUUUUAAGAGAGAAUGCUCUAUUUUGAUCAUCUUCAACCUUCAAUCCCCUCUCCCCCCUCUGCAAUUUCUGGGUUUUUAUAUAUAUCUAUGGUGAUGGAGGAGAUCCAAGAUGUUAGCGGCGGGAAGAGGAAGACCAAACCGUACAAAGGAAUCAGGAUGAGGAAGUGGGGGAAGUGGGUCGCCGAAAUCAGAGAACCCAACAAGCGGUCCCGCCUGUGGUUAGGAUCCUAUUCGACGCCGCUUGCGGCGGCGAGGGCCUACGACAUCGCCGUCUUCUACCUCCGGGGUCCCAACGCGCGGCUGAACUUCCCGGACCUGCUGGCCACCGAAGGCGGAGGCGCCCUCAGCGAUUUGUCCACCGCCUCUAUACGGAAGAAAGCGAUCGAAGUCGGGUCCCGGGUGGACGCCACCCACAGCUCCGAACGCCGCGGCGGGAGGGAGGAUUCGCCGGCCGGUAAGGUAAGCCCGGCCCGGUUGAAGGAGAAAGCUUGCUGGUUCGAGGAGAAGCCCGACUUGAACGAGAUGCCCGAACCGGAAGACCCGGAUGUUGGUUAUUGGUGAGUGCGUCGGCGGUUGACUAGGCCAAUAUGCAAUUUAGAAUAAGAUAAGGGGUGCGCUGGUAAAAUUUGCGAGUAAAAAAAAAGAUGGUUUGGAGUGACUAGGAUUUGAUUUCAUAUUCACCCUUUGGAAAAGUCUCAAUUAUUAACCAUGUAGUAAAAUGUGACACACAUUUGGUACACCCUAUUCCACUCCCAAAAAAUUCAACCAAUCCUUUUUCUACCAUUUUUUUUAAAUUCAAGAUUCAAUUUUUAGAUUCUGGAUGAAAGAUAUGUGGUUGGGAGGAUAGCGGUGUAUAGUUUGGGGUAUAAU